AUGGUGAAAGACACGCGCGCCGUGACGGACGUAGAGGGUGGCAACUUUUCGCCUGAGCCGUCCCCCCAGCCUGUCUGGUCCGCCGCCAUCGGCAACCCGGCGCCGCUGGGCCUGCUGGCUUUCGGCAUGACCACGUUCUUCCUGAUGACUGUCGACAGCCUCUGGUCCUCCAAGGUCUUUGUUGGCAGCGUCAUGGGCUACGCCUUUGCCUAUGGCGGCUUUGCCCAGAUGGUGGCCGGCGUGCUAGAGCAGCUGCUCAAGGGCAACACCUUUGCCGGCUCAGCCUUCUUCUCGUACGGCUCCUUCUGGAUCUCCUGGGCCUUCUUCCAGACCAUGACCCGCCUGCACCCCGACCUGGGCUUCACCCCCGACGCCGGCUUCAAGGUCGGCGAGUGCAUCCUGCGGGCGGCCUGGGGGUUCCUCACGUUCGGCUUCUUCGUGCCGACGCUGCGCAAGAACGGCUGCCUCAUGGUGGUCUUUGGCAGCCUAGCCACCACUUUCUGGCUGCUGGCGGGUGGCGUCUACAGCCCAACCGUCAACCACGCCGCUGGCUAUGUUGGCGCGUUCUGCGGCCUCAGCGCCAUCUACGCCGCGUUUGCAGAGAUCUACCACGAAAGCCUGGGUGUCACAUUCCCCGGCCUCAAGCCCAUUCGGUUCAUCUGA